AUGGCGCCCGCUGAUGAAUUAUGCCAGCAAUUAUGUAAUUUAAGUACUACUCUGGGACAAAAAGAUCCUAGACAGCCAGCGAAGAAUAAUACCGCUUAUAACAAUUUAAAAAAUGGAAAUAAUUUAAGUACUACUCUGGGACAAGAAGAUCCUAGAAAGCCAGCGAAGAAUAAUACCGCUUAUACUAAUUUAAAAAAUGGAAAUAUUGAAUAUUUGAAAACGGAAAUAAAGAAUGAAAUCGAAAAAAUUCAUUCAAAUAUAAAUACAAAUUUACCCUUUAGAACGGACGUUAAAGCUGAAAUACGCACAAUUGUUGAAACUCCCAUAUGGAGUAAACAAUACCCAUACCCCUUGUCCGUUAAUACUUUUGUGAACAAUGAAAUAAAGAAUCUAUUAGAUAAUGGUAUAAUACGUCCAAGUAAAAGCCCCUACAACUCUCCAAUAUGGGUUGUACCGAAGAAAGGAAUAAAUGAAAAUGGUUCACCAAAACUUAGGCAACAUAAUAAUUAUAACAGAGAAGCUAAUAUGAGCAAUUAUGUUAAUCAACAGAAUAGUCAGCUAUUUAAUUACAGCAAUAGAGCAAACGAUACAUUUAGUCAACAGCAUAGACAACAGAACAGCAACAAUAACAUUAAUAACAAUCAGCGACAAAAUAACUCAAAUAGUGUAACAUUAAACUCUUCUACUCAACCCAGUUUUAAUAGCAACUACAGCAACCAAACAUACAGAAUUAAUCGCAACUCGAGUAGUUUUUUCAAUCAGAAUAAUAAUAACAAUAAUGAACGACUGUUAAAUAACAGAAGUAAUAACCGUUUUCGCAGUGAAACAGUUGUAGAGCCUAUGGAAAUAGGAGUCAAUGAAAACGAACAAAAUUUUCAAUUAGAGGGCCAAGGAAGUUACCCUAUAUAA